AUGGCAGCUAAAAUUGUGCUGGUUCUUUGCGCUCAAGCUCUUCUUAUUCAGGCUGCGUUCUCCCAAAUAGUAACUGGCAACUCGGCGUUUGGCAGCGGCGUUUCUAACGCAUACGGGUUCGGCAGCGGCUUCGGCGCCAUUUUGAACGCUGGCGCAUCUGGUAGCUCCAUUGGAAGCGGCAUUUCUGGCAUUGGCAGCUCCGUUUCUGGACCGCAAAGUCUUACUGUAGCCUCAGGAGGCCCACUGCUCGUGACCAGUAUCUCGCCUAUUGGACCCAGUGGCUUGGCGGUUGCUUCAGAGCACGCAAUCGAAGGAAUCUUGACUGUGAGUGGCCAGUUGCCUUACUUGAGCGCUGUGGCCUUCGAAGGCGCCUUGCCGACUUCUGGCUCGGGCGUGGCCACUUGCGGUUGCGGCAAUGGAGAGGUUGGCAUCGUGAGCGAAGGCCUCCCUGCCAUUCAGCCAGCCAACGCUGGCAGAAUUGGCCGUAGAUUGUAA